GGAAAUUCGAAACUCGAUUGGUUGGUUGACUUCUCUCUCUUCUCUCCCUAAUAUUUUUCAGAGAGAGAGGUUCUUAUAUGUUAUCUCCGUCCGGUUUGUUUUUACCGGAGUUUAUACUCGGAUGAAGUCCGGUUCUGCUGUUAGUUAGCCGUCAACACGACUUCUCCGUUGUCGUGUUCUUGCCGUCAACACAGCUUUUUCGUUGCUGUGUUCUUACCGUUAACAUGGCUUUCUAUUGCCAUGUCCUUUUGCUCAUACAAAAGCUUGAUGUUGAAGACUAUGGCUUCUAGGAUUGUUGAAUCGGGAGAGUUUCGUAUGCGCCAAAUCUAUUCUCUUUUGCCAUAAUAUACUUCAUCCAUUGAGAUUUUGCUUUUGGAUCUGAUGGUUUUCUAACGAUGUGUGGUUUUCACUUCCACACAAAAACGUUGGAUCCAUCGGAUUUACGACAGCUUAUGUUACCUGCGUCUAAGGUUUGGUUAAAAACUCAUUUCCAUCUUAAAUUUCGAUUCCCUUUUGCUGCUUAUAAAAAUAUUCAGAGAUUCACUUAUAUUAUCAAGGGUGGAUUACUUCAAUCUCUACAUCUUAUUUCAUGAUUACGAUGGUUUUCUUAUGAAUCUAUCAAUCAUUUGAGAUUAGUAGAUUGAUUUGUUCUGUAAUCCAUUAUUAUCAUUAUCAGUGAGAAAAAAAGAAGAAUUCGUAAUCGGUUGUAGUUCCGGCAACGUAUUCUGAUUCACUGGAUUUGGAAUCUCUGCAUGCGGUGAAGGAUGUGAAAUAAACACGUAUCCUCAACUUAUCCCCAUCGAUGAGACACGUUCUUGAGUUUAUCCUUUCUUGGGCCUCUUGUUUGGGCUUCGUUGAAAGUUGUCUUUGAUGUUUAUGUAAUUGGGUGUGAUGUUAUGUAUUAUUAUUUCAAUAAAACUGCAGUUUCAGAGGA